CUCCACCUGUCUGCAGGUAUCAGCGCUCAGAAAGUGCGAGUGGACGAGGAGCUGGAGGCGUAUCCCACGGAGUCGGUUGAUCUGCGUUGCCAAUUCAUCGACGGAGCGGGACGGACCAAGCUCACGCAGGUGUCCUGGAUAUGGGAACCCUCCGAGGGCCAGAGGGACAACAUUGCUGUCUUCCACCCAAGCUACGGACAGAGUUUCCCCAACUUGGCUUUCAAAGACCGCGUUCUGUUCCUGAACAACAGCCUGGAGAACCCGUCCAUCAGGAUCUCUCACCUGAAGAUGUCCGAUGCCGGUCGGUACACCUGCGAGUACGCCACCUAUCCCUCUGGAAACGAACAAGGGACCACCACCCUCGUCAUGCUCGCUGAGCAGACGUGGAGAGCCAAACAGAUGUUUCUCCCCCAACAAUGUCUGGAAAUAUUCCGCAGCAGCGCGUCGGUCUGGGAGAAGAUGUUUACAAACCUGGGCAGCUGGUGAGACAUGAAUCCCAAAGAUCCAGAAGCUUCUCAUUGA